AUGCAUACAAAUGGGCUGAACCGGUCUGGGAGCUCGGCGUCACUCGACUUCCAGUUCUCCAGCCCAAACGAUGGUUCUGUGUCGAACACGAGCACGCCGGUUUCAUACUACUCUCACCUCGACGAUAGUCACAGUCAUAACCCGACGCCUGUAAACGGUUUUGGCAACAUGUUUGAGCGCCAGCACAAUAUUCAACAACGGAGCUCGGUCCCUCAACCGAAACGACGCAAGGUGGAGACCGACGAUACAGCUAACCAGAACCAUGGUUUUGGAAGUGGCGGAAGCGGCAUGAUGGGGCAGUAUGUGAAAGACAAGCGCGAAGAGGCAGCAAGAAUACCUCCAAACAAGCAUGUGCCCACGGUCGAUCUUACCGAGACAGUGGACACUGAUGGCGAAGUGACGGAAGGCCCACACCCCCAGGAUCAAGAGGUCUGUUACGGAAUGAUCAAGGACGUCAAGCUCAACUGUCACCUCGUACCGAGCCCCAAGCCUGGAACCACCGCCCUUGGGGGGGACGCGUAUUGGCCCCGAGUCAAAAUCGUGCUAAACAGAAGACAAAAUGAUCCCACCAAUAUCAUACAAGCGAAGGACUAUACGCGACAAGUUGUGGGCCGAGUUGACCCAGCCACUUCGUCAGGUCUUUCGCCACUUCUCGAUUCUCGCCUUCAGCUCAGAACCGACUGCCAUAUCGGCACCAGGCGGAAGGAGCCCGACGAAAGAGCUGGUCAAGAGAUUUCCAAGGCCUAUCCGCUCGUGCUAAUCGUGUAUGGCCCGCGCAAAUCUGCCAGAACUGUAGGAAGGCACCUGGCUAUCAGGGGACUGUAUUUGCGCAAUCCUAUCCGAGUUGAUUCUGGCGUCAAGUAUGAGAAUCCACAAAUCCAGGUAGGACCUAUGGCCCCGCCGGCGAGCAGACCCCAUGCACCUGCGCCAAUGCCUCAAGCGCCACCAGUAAUAAGGACCGUCGAAGAGAUUCGCAGUCAAGUCAUGGGAGUUUUUGACUCCUUGACUGUGAGUGAAGACCUUCCCUUGAUGGAGCCAGACUCGAGGAUCCAGACCGAGCUCCUAGAGCACCAGAAGCAAGGCCUGUACUUCAUGACCAAGAAAGAGCAGCCGCGCAAGCUUAUUGAGAACGGCAAGACGCCUAAUUCCAUCUGGCAGAUGAGCUUCGGCGCCAAUGGGCAGAAACAGUACCACAACGUGAUUACUGGGGAUACGUGUCGCCAGCCUCCACCAGAGACAUAUGGCGGCAUCCUUGCUGACAUGAUGGGUUUGGGGAAGACUUUGAGCAUAUUGUCCUUGGUCACAAGCUCUCUCGACGCGGCCGUGGAGUGGUCGCAGUCUGCACCUGUGCAGCCACAUACGUCCUCAGUGAGAAAGAACAAGCCAGGCCCGCGUGGAUUUGAACCACCAGUCGCGCAAUCCUUGGAUCUGACACGAUUGACGCGCAAUGUACGAGCGACGUUGCUCGUCUGUCCCCUCAGCACAAUCACAAAUUGGGAAGAGCAGAUCAAAGCCCAUAUCGUGCCAGGGACUUUCAAGUACUACAUCUACCAUGGGUCGAACCGAAUCAAGGAUUUAAGGAAGCUUGCCGAAUUUGAUCUUGUUCUGACCACCUACGGAUCUGUGGCCACGGAGCUGAGUAACCGCCACAGAGGAAAGAGUGGCCAAUACCCGCUGGAAGAGCUGGGUUGGUUCAGAGUGGUACUGGACGAGGCUCACAUGAUCCGUGAACAGUCAACACAGCAGUUCAAGGCUAUUUGUCGGUUGCAGGCCAGCCGCCGCUGGGCUGUUACAGGUACUCCAGUACAGAAUAGACUGGAUGAUCUUGCAGCUCUGCUCGCCUUUAUCCGCCUGAAGCCGUUUGACGACAAGAACAAAUUUACUCAAUACAUCGUGGCACCUUUCAAAGUUUGCGAUCCGGACGUUGUUAUGAAGCUCAGAGUUCUUGUCGACAGCGUUACUCUGAGACGAUUGAAGGACAAGAUCAAUCUUCCACCGAGACAGGAUCACGUCAUCAAGCUGAAGUUUGCGCCUUCGGAGGAGAAGCUGUACAAAAUGUUCGAGCGAAAUGCCCAAGACAAGGUUCAGGUUCUGGCCCAGGGUCGUGAGAGAAUGGUGGGCGGCAAAACAUACAUCCACAUUCUGCAGUCUAUUCUCCGGCUUCGGCUCAUCUCGGCGCAUGGCCGAGAACUUCUCAGUGAUGAAGACCUGCAGCUCGUUCAAGGCAUGUCAGAGGAUUCAGCAAUCGAUCUUGACAGCGAUGACGAGACGGAGAAGCCAGCGGUUGCCGAAGCCCGGGCUUAUCAGGCUUUCGAGUUGAUGCAGGAAACUAGCCAAGACAAAUGCUUCUUGUGCGCUAGAAAGAUCGGUUCCAACGAGGUCAACGAUGUAGAUGCCGAACGUGAGGAACCCAUUAUGGGAUACCUAUCCGGCUGCUUCCAUCUUUUCUGUGCCGCAUGCAAGCCGACUUGGGACGACCAAGCUGGUAGUAGCGGGUCUGGCAAUUGCUCCUUCUGCAAUCAAUACAUCCAAUAUGCUCUCGUGGAGCUUCGCAAAGACCGAGCUGAAGUUGAGCAUGACGGCCAUCAACAUUCGAGCCGGAAGGCCAAGAUCAUGAAUGCCCACUGCUAUGGUGGACCGCACACCAAGACGAAGGCUCUCGUAGAAGACCUCCUGAAGAGCAAGCAACAGAGUGAGGACAACCCGGACGAGCCACCUUUCAAGUCGGUGGUGUUUUCUGCUUGGACAUCUCAUCUGGAUCUGAUUGAGAUCGCACUUGACAAAGUCGGUAUUACACACACCCGCCUCGACGGCAAGAUGAGUCGUACAGCACGCACUCAUGCCAUGGACAAAUUUCGGGAGGACAAUGCUGUGCAUAUCAUCCUGGUCUCGAUAAUGGCUGGUGGCCUGGGUCUCAACUUGACUGCUGGCAACAACGUAUACGUCAUGGAACCGCAAUACAACCCAGCAGCAGAGGCCCAGGCGGUUGACCGCGUCCACCGGCUGGGACAGAAGCGACCUGUUCGAACCGUCCGCUACAUCAUGCAGAACAGUAUCGAAGAGAAAAUGCUGGCUCUGCAAGACAAAAAGAAACAGCUGGCGAGCCUCAGUAUGGACCGUUCUCAGGUCAUGGAUAAGGCUGAGGCAGCGAAGCAGAAGCUCCAGGACUUGCGCAGUCUGUUCAAGUGA